AUGAGCGACACCUCGUCCAAUGGUAACUCUAGUUAUCAACCCACAAGGUUGGAUACAUCGCCGGCAGUGGAUCCGCCGCCGCCGGACCUGACAUCUCCGUCUGACACCAGUUCGUCGGGGCCGAAGCUAUUCCAUUCCGAGACUAUGCCCGAAGCCACCAUCUGCGCCGGCGGCUCUUGUUCGCUUUUUUCGGCCAAAGGCAUGGAGAAGAUUGACAUCUUGGUUGGGGACAAGCGGUUCUCCGGCGUUGCCCGCAGGUUACUGCAACAGAUUAACAAUAUUCCGCGACAGAGAACCCUCAACUACAUUUCCACUCCCGCCGACUCUUUCCCAUCUGCUUUUGUGAUUGCGGAAUACAUGAAUGACUUUUUCAUGACCCUCAACCGAUACAUCAAGUUCUUCGAUGAAGCUGUCGUCCGCGCUGCGGUACAGUCAUACCUCCAUGGGCAACCACCAAGCGGCAUCGGCUGGAAAAUAGCCUUGUUCACCAUCCUCUUGCACCCGCACAGGAAACGAGAUCUGCUGCAUGGUACGCGUGAGCACGAGAAGUAUCUGCACAGCGCCAUGGCCCUCGUACCCACCGUCAUGUUGCAACCACCGUCUCCCAUGAUGAUAGGGGCUCUACUCUCGCUGACCGUCCACUUUAUCUUCACGGCCGAAAAUAAUAUUGCCGUCUCAUUCCUGGCUCUGGCAACACAGUCUCUUAUUCUGGGCGGCUACUACCAUAGUAACCACCCCGGCCUAAGCGAUUCGGAAAUCCAGCAUCGUCGUCGCCUGUUCUGGCAAGCAUACAUUUUUGACCGUGACCUGAUGUUAAGGAUCGGAAAGCCACCUCUGAUCACCGACAACUUUCUGCUCGACUUUCCAGAAGAAUUCCCUCUGGAUUGCUACGGCCUCUUCUACUAUCCCGGUGACAUCGUUCUUAACUACUUCCGACAAGAGGUCAGGCUGGCGCAGAUCCAGGGCCGCAUCUAUGCAAGGCUGCACCUCAACACCCCGACGUCAGCCGCGGCUCUGGAAUCCGAAAUCAGCCUUUUGGAUAGGGAGCUUCAGCAAUGGCGGGAAAGCAUUCCGGAGAUGAUUCGCCCGCAGCAGUCAGGUGCUCCUCUGGAUGACGAUAACCAUGCUAGGCUGAUCGCGCUGAGUUCCCUGCACUACAUCUACUUCCAGUUGGUUGUCGCUGUUCACUCUGCGGCUCUCAGAAUGUCCUCGACAGGUCAGGACAUGGACUUCCUCCGACCCAGCGCUGCCAUUUGCGUCAAUGCUGCCCGUGGGGCAGUAUCGCUCUUGAACUACCACCACUUCGAUCAUCCAUUCACUGUAUACCUUCUCUACCAGGUUGCCUGGAGCGUCGAUAUCCUAUUCAUCAACAUUAUCGAGAAUAAGACUUCGGCUAUUGCAGGGCAGGACAUCGAGCUCAUCAAACUUGUCCUCUCGUUUUAUGAGAGAUACGAUGUGAACCACAAGAACAUCACCUCGUACUACAUCAUCAAGGCGCUCUACGAUGUAGCUGUGUCGGUCAUCCUGGAUCCUCAAAAUUCACUCCAGGAUCCCCUUGGUUCGGCUCUAGACGUUCUGACUUUGGGCGUGGGGAGACCAAACGAGGUUGCGGGGUAUCUGCCUGUUCUUCCUGUUCCCGGCGCAACAGAGCAGGACAACUGGGAAGGCAUAUCUCACAACAGCCACAACUGGCUCUCUGCCGGGGUCCUGCAAAUGGUUGAUUGGAGCCUACCACCGAACGCUGAUGAGUAA